AAGCGUGCGAAUGGGGAAAGCACAGUUGGCCGAACGACGGCUGAGAAACGGCGGGCGGACUUGAUAUCACGUGAGCGGAGCGUGAUCAAUGGCCCGGGAUUUCUUUUGCGGUUUUGAUUAAUGGCUCAGCAUCGAUUCCCAUUCCAUCCUGCUCCAGGUUCCUUGGGCCCGCUCGUUCACAAUGGCGUCCUCGCUGUCAAAGGGGCCUCUUCUCACGUCCGUUCGAUCCAACAACCCCGUUUCUCAACUAUACUCAUGCCAAUACCGGUUCUUUUCGCAAUCUUCCCAGCGCAGCGCUCUGCGGGGGGUUCCCGAAAACAUCACCUUGAAGCAGCCGCCCCAGCCGAGUAUGAAGACGAGGGGGGCGGCGUUGUCGAGGUAUGAAUUGCCUCAGGAUCUUGGAUUGCUGCCAGGCACGUACGUCAAACAACUUUGGAGGGAUAUGCCCUCGAUCUUUCAACAGCCGAAAGAGCGUCUGCAAUUGGAGUGGCUUUGGUUGAAGUCGGGAUUCCAGAAUUUCAUCGGUAUUCUUGCCUAUUGCAGAUGGCUCAAUAAAGGGCUACCGCUUCGCUUGAAAGAGCGCAGGCAAGUUGCUCGUGAACUCCAUGAGCGCAUGUACUCUGCCUUUGCCGAGGGAGACAUUGCCGCCCUACGCAAGAUCUGCUGCACCGGCCUCGCCAACAAUCUUGCUUCCCGUAUCAGUAGCCGCCCUAAGAAUGAGAGGGUCGCUUGGUCUCUGGAUAGAUAUAAUCGUACCCCGGCUACAUUCCUCACCGGAGUCCGUGUUGUGUCGGACCGUGCUACUCAAAUCCCUGAGAUCCCCGACUCCGGAGUGCGACAGGUCGUGGUGCGUAUUACAAGCAGACAGUCCACCGGAAAAUCCAAGGUGGCCAAGUCCGGCAAGUCGACAGUUACCGUCCAGACCUCUGCACCAGUCAAGCAGCAAGACUGUACUGAAUACAUCGUUAUCCAGAGGCUUCGGUGGUACGGCGAGGAUGAGGACUGGCGUAUCUGGGGCCAUGCUACACCAACCACCGUAGAAGACCUAACCAACCCCCUGUAUAUGUCCGGUCUGACGCUCUCUGAGCGUCUGCAAGCCGUGAAGGACCAGAUGGGCGGUCAUUAAAUAACCCCGCCCUACGCAGAAAUUCUCAGAAUGCUGUAUAAUGAUCCCCUAAUCUGGUAAGGGUGAUCUGAAUAUCUAGCCUUCCUCUUGCCAGAAUAAGUGGGACAUGUUUACGGCAGUCAUCGCCCUAUCACGACGUAUCAAAAAUGCCUUUUGACUUUUUCGUUGAGAAUCUCUUCUCUACUCCCAUUACAGGAUUAUGC